AUGCCAUUGACACGCGCAGCUUGGCUGCGACGAGCCAGCGUUGAACGCGAGAGCCUUGGAUCAGCGAGUCAAAUUCCUGCCAACGACGACUAUCAACCUCUCGAAACGGAUCGAGGGCUGCUAUUGUGCGCCGGCAGCUUUGGCUGCUAUCAGGAGACACUCCGCGAGGGCGGUACAGGAGUCCGCGAAAAGGCCUUCACCUUCUUCAACUCUCUGAUCUCUUUUCGCACAGACACAUAA